UUCUCCGCGGUGACAAGUUAUCUAAACUACAGAGGCAAAAACGAUUAUGCUAAUAUCAGGUUGUAGUCAUCAAUCAUCCCGUGUCAAUGUGGUGUCAACGCAUCACCGUCCCUCUCCUCCGGAACGCUCCUCUGGCCACGCGAGGUUGUAAAAUGUUUGUAGCGCGUGCAAACAUCGCAGCUGUGGGUGUUUGUUUGGAGAAUUGAUCACGCGCUCUUCGCGCCCUGCGGGGACUGGAUCUGAGUGGAUCUGCCCCAGUCCUCUUGGAUGGAGGGGCUGAAAGGAAGCUGGGAGGGAAUUAAUUGGGCGAGUUUCUUCGUCCUGAUGGGAACACCGGGCUGACGUCAGAAGGAGACGCGCCUUAAAAUCCAAAGAGCGCAUCACAGGGAGACGCGUGCUUAGAUCACACACACAUAUACACAUACACACACACGCACGCACAAAACCAAAGCCUGGUGGUUGUAGGAGAGCAGGGAGGCUGUAGAAAGCUGCGGCAGCGGAGAGAGUAAAGCGGAGAAGUCGCAACCUGAGGCGCGCAGGGAUGACAGCUGCGCGUAAACGUCUGCGCGCCACGACUUGGAUCAGAGCGUUGAUGAUUUUGUGAUCUAAAAAAACAAAACAACAACAAAAAAACACAAUAAAAACCAAACGGAACAUAAGAGUGUCUCUGAAUUAGUGUCCGUGGGAAAACAAGCUGCGCGUGGUACGGAUGCUGUUGGACGUGGCCACGCGGUUUUCUUCCAGCUUUUGCGUUUUUCUCCUACUUUGAACCAUGGCGUAUUCGCAGCUGGGAUAUUCCUACUCCACCACACCACAGUUUCUGAUGACCUCUGGUUCUCCUGCGUCCCACCCGGUGCUGCGCUCCCCUGGCCACCAGCUUCCUCCUGGAAGCGGCAUCGGGGUCUACGGCGGCGCUUACACGAAGAGCCACAGCUACUACAACACAUGCGCCAGCGAUGCCUCCUCUCUCUAUUCCAGGGGGCCGCUAGAUCCCAAAGAAACUGCACCCGUGCAUUUGGGGACGUCUCAGAGCGCCGCCUAUUACCCUUAUGAAUAUACAUUUGGUCAAUAUCCUUAUGACAGAUAUGGGUAUUCCUGCUCGGACAGCUCCUCCCGUCGUAAGAACGCCACCAGGGAGACCACCAGCACCCUGAAGGCCUGGCUGCAGGAGCACCAGAAGAACCCGUACCCCACCAAGGGGGAGAAGAUCAUGCUGGCCAUCAUCACCAGGAUGACGCUCACACAGGUGUCUACGUGGUUUGCCAACGCACGCAGGAGACUAAAAAAAGAAAACAAGGUGACAUGGUCACCAAGAGCUUGUAAAACGUCUGAUGAGAGAGGCUGUGAUGAGGACAGCAGCGAAGCCGACAAGACGCUUGGAAGUAGCACACACCUUCACGAUCAACAAUGUGGAGAACUGCAGAGUGACCUCGAAGACUUCGACAUGGUGGAGUCAGAUGCUUCUGAAAGUGACCUGAAGUCGCAUGUUCUACCAGAGGGCAAAGAAGCAAACUCAAGCGCAGAACACCCACAUGGGCAAAGACUGUCUGCGGAUUGCCCCAAACUAACACCGGUCAACCAUCAAAGCAGCUCCUUCUACAUGAAUCCAAACCUUCGAAGUCCUGACACAAAGCCCAAAAUCUGGUCUAUCGCCCACACUGCUGUUCCCCCAGAAGCUGGCUCCCCACCAGAAUACCCCCCAUGCAUGCUAUCGUCGACCCGGUCCUCCUCUCCCGUGUACUCAACAAACAUGGCGCUCACCAGUGUGGACAGGCAACAAGAGUCUCCAGUGGCCACACUGAGAGAGUGGGUGGACGGGGUGUUCCACGGUCCUCCGUUCCAGCAGCCCAAACCAGCGGAGGCGUGGAAAGGCCUCAACGACAGCGGGACGUCUGUUCAGUCCUUUGAACUCUUGCAGUCUACACCAUGCUUGUAGUCUAUCAACAUUGUAGCACUGGGACGUAUGGACUAAAAACAAAAGUCUACAUUUUGCUUUUCAUGAUGGAACGGAGUGACUGCACCUCAAACAUCAAGUUCUCCAAUAGAGGACUUGUUUCCUUGCAAAAAAAACCCAAAACACUUUAGAUUCUUAAAUGGGAUUUGUUCUGCCACCAUAGCUUAAUGGUAAAGAAAUUAUUUUAGCUCUAAAGAAAAAAAGUCAGUAGAAUUUUCCAUGUAGCAGGGAUGCAACUUGCAGCCAUCUUUGUGUCUGUUUUAUACUGUAAGGCUGGUCUGGUCCUAAAACACUCCUACACUUUCCACCCAGAAAGAAAUUCAGAGUUUUGCUUGAUGAAAACUGAUGAUAAAGUAUGAAUUACAUUUGUAGUUUAGAUAUUAAAAUGAGAUUCUGUGAAGGUAUCAUCAGUAAAGUUCCCCUAUGUGUAUUCAAAGGAUGCCUUUUUACUGCAAAUCUGAGAAAAAGUGAAGAAAUCCUCAGACCGGUCAAAGGUCAGACAGGGGUCUCAGCUCAAGCUGAUCUUGUCCAUUUAAAACGACUCAAAUUUAUAAAAAGUUAUACUAGCAUAUAUUAGGAAUCUACACAUUUUCGCUUACUCAGCUUGUUUAGCCGAAUAGCAUCACUGUUAUUAAGCAAAAAGAAUGGUGGUUAGGGCUGCUAGCUGUGUUAGCAAGCUUGAUCAGUUCGCUCUAUGUUCUCCAAGAACAGAGAAAAUUUUGGAUUUCCGACCAUCAUUUGUGCGAGGUGUGUACGAUAACGUAACUUUAACAAAGCUAAAGUUACAUUGAUUAGCCCUGCUAGUUAUAUCGAUACAUCAGCUAUGAUUCAUCAAUCGGCUCUAAAUCCACCUGGAGUAGCAGAAAUUUUUAGAAUUUGUAAACGGCCGUCGGGUUAGUCAGCAGCAUCAAAGAUGGUACAUACUGAAAAUUGUCCAAGUGACUCACAGCUAGGGGAAGGCUAGCAAGCUAUUUACACAGACCCCAGUUUUUUGUGAUUUUAGAAAUUUAAGCCAAACUAGCUUAGCUAACAUUGAUUACUUUAAGAAUAGAACAUUUUUAACAAACAUUGCCUGUGUUACUAUCUAUAAAUAUGUUUCCAGAAGCUGCUUGAUGCAUCAAUCUGCCUGACUGGCUUAUCGUGAGUUUGGGCAGAUAAUUUCCAAAUUAUUAAAAGCAAAGGAGAAUACCACCUGCAAUGCUAGUGCAUAAAUGAAGAGAUAACCUCGCAAAUCCUAAAUUUGCGGGGUUAGAGUGGAUUGAGUCUAAGGUGGCGAGGCACAUCGAUACAGCUGCUAGUUACGCUAGCAGCGCACAGUUUGGAAAAGUUGGUAAUAGUUAAAGCCUAGACACACAAUAUAUCCCAAUUUAGGGCAACAUUUUAAUAUUCAGUGAUUUCAAAUCGGUAGCAUAAUCACUAAAUGGCUAGCAGUUAGGUCUCAAUUUCUCUGAGAUUUCUUUCACUUAUCUCCAAACUGACAUGUGACAUCUCUGACCUAAACCUAAGGGAAAUAUUACUGCUAUUUUAACUUCACAGAACAUUUUCCUUUUUUUGAGAAAAGCUCCUUUAUAGGAAACAGUCAGUGAGUAGCACAUGAUCCUAUUUUCAAAACAUAAUAAUCCUCGACUCUUUUAUAACUCGUAGGCUCUAAUGUACUUCAGCGAUCAGAGUCAAAUCCUGUACAGUUUCCACUCAUGAAAUGAAAAACACACGACUGUACACUUACACCAUGGCCUGCACAUGCACUAAGUCACAAAAAUAAAAAGUGUAUCCUGUA